AUGGAUGACAAAAAAAAUCAACACAAGCCUGUUAAGUCAGUUGAUUCUUUUAAGAAUUUGAUUGGUUUGGAAAAUGAUGUUUUUUGGGAUAAAGGUGAUUUCAAAUGUGUUGAAUCUUCUGAUUCUGAUCCUUGGAUUGAUAGUUCUGGUUCUUCCGAUGAUUCAGAUAUAGUGGAAUCAGAAUGGUUUGCUAAUGAUGGGCCAAUUGAUGCUAAGCCCAAAUAUGAUUUUGAAGUUAAGCUCAUUACUCAACCCAAAUUUGAUUUUGAGGUUAAGCCCAUUACCUCAGUUGGGUCCAAGUGUGAUUUGAAAGCUAAACCCAUUGAGUUAGUUGGGCCCAAGUAUGAUUUUGAAGCAAAGCCCAUCAAGUCACUUGAGCCCAAGUGUGAUUUUACAAGGCAAAAUGAAGAAAACAAGCCUGUGUGGACAUCUAAUAUUAUGUUAAAAACUUACAAGCUUCAUGCAGCUCGACUAAAUGGUGCUGGACUACUCAACUUAGGGAACACAUGCUUUCUGAAUGCGAUAUUGCAAUGUUUCAUGCACAUGGUGCCAUUGUUUGACAUCCUUCUUCAUACUCAUGUAGUGCCAUGUGAUCGUUUCUGUUUAAUCUACGUUUUCAAAGAGCUUAUUAGCUUUUCAUUGGCUUAUGAGUCUUAUGAGGGUCGUUCUAUCUCACCGUGGAGAUUUGUUGAGAAUUUGAGUUAUUUUUCAUCUGGUUUCCAUAAGUAUCAGCAAGAAGAUGCUCACGAAUUCUCGCAAUACUUUCUCAAUAGGCUUGAAAGCCGAUGCAAUGACGUUGUCCAACAAGUUUUUGGCGGCCGGCUUGUCAGCAAGCUUCGUUGUUGCAACUGCAGCCACUUCUCCACUUCUUUGACUUUCUGA